UUUGAUCUUUGAACUGGCCUUGUCUUGUCGUAUUAUCGUUGUGUUAGACUCUAACUUAGAGCCACACAUAGAUUGACAGUACUGUUACCAAAACAAAAGUCAAAAUGGUUACAGAUUCUCCUUUUACAACCGAGAACCCGGUUUUUGCUAACUUUGUAUUUUAUGCAACUAUUGUUGUACUGAAAAUGAUGUUAAUGAGUGGAAUCACUGCCGCAUACCGAAUAACAAACAAGGUGUUCAUUAAUCCCGAGGAUGCUAGCUCUUUCGGAAAACAGACAAAACUGGUUACGAAUAAUCCUGGUGUGGAGAGAAUACGGAGAUGCCAUCUAAACGACCUUGAGAACGUCAUUCCGUUUGUCCUGAUUGGUCUGCUGUACGUGGCUACAGGUCCGAGUCUGUCCUCGGCUCUCCUGCACUUCCGGCUGUUUGCCGGAUCACGAUUGGCUCACACGGUCGUCUAUCUGCUAGCUGUUCCUCAGCCGGCGAGGGCGAUUUUAUUUACUGUUGGCAUUUUAGCGACAGCAUCCAUGGCAGUCAGCACCCUGUUGGCUGUGUCCUUUUGAAGUUACAGUCCUUUAAAAUAAAAAACCGGUCCCGUUCCACGAAGCGAUCCCCUUAACGAUCUUGGCGCUAAGAUCGCUUCGACGCCCGGUCCACAGAACAGAACUUUAUUACACUCAGGCCGUUCCACAACGGC